AUAAAUACAACCGCAUUCAAUUCCCCAAUGACCUGUUUGAUCUUCCUUCCGCAUCUAGCAUUGUAGCUAGAUCGAAGAUUCACAAUCAUCAUCCCGCUCUGCUCUUUCUUGAAGCCAGAGGACUCUUUGAUCCCCUUCCCCCCCCAAAUCGAACGAAUCAAGAGAAACCAUGUUUCUCCUGGACUGGUUUUAUGGGGUUCUCGCCUCUCUCGGCCUCUGGCAGAAGGAGGCCAAGAUCCUCUUCCUGGGGCUUGACAAUGCCGGCAAGACCACGUUGCUGCACAUGUUGAAGGACGAGAGAUUGGUGCAACACCAGCCGACCCAACACCCGACAUCUGAGGAACUCAGUAUUGGGAAGAUCAAGUUCAAGGCUUUUGAUUUGGGGGGUCAUCAGAUCGCGCGCAGAGUUUGGAAAGACUACUAUGCAAAGGUUGAUGCAGUGGUAUACCUGGUGGAUGCCUACGACAAGGAGAGGUUUGCGGAAUCAAAGAGGGAGCUUGAUGCCCUCCUUUCAGAUGAAGCUCUUGCUACUGUGCCUUUCCUCGUGCUCGGGAACAAGAUAGAUAUCCCGUAUGCCGCUUCGGAGGACGAGCUACGGUAUCAUCUAGGGCUCACCAACUUCACGACUGGCAAAGGGAAGGUGAAUCUUGCAGAUCAGACUGUUAGACCCCUUGAAGUGUUCAUGUGCAGCAUCGUUCGCAAGAUGGGCUACGGCGAAGGGUUCAAGUGGAUGUCGCAGUACAUCAAGUAGAGAGCAGAUUUGAUGGGGUUAGUAAAUGUGUUGUAUUCAUGCAGUAGUUCUUUCUUCUCUCGGCAAUAUUGCAGGUUCAAUUUUUAAUGAGAAAGAAACCAAAUCAUCUGAUUGCUUUUUAAUUUAUAUUGGAAACAUAAGCACAUAGAGAGUUCAUGAUCCAUGACAUUUCAUGAUUUAUGUUAAUCACAUCUCCCCAUUUCCGGAUAGACAUAUUUUCAUUAUAUAAGGGCAAUAGAUUAUCAUUCACUUUUGUUCCAGAUGUAUUGAAACUCAGUCAUUGCUCCACAAAUGAAGUACUCUGCCUGGAUUAUAAAUUCCUAAUAAUACAGCUGGUAUUUCUGGUCCUUGUGAGGG